AUGACCUCGGAAGUUAUUGUAGACAAAAGAUCCGAUAACGGAGAUAUUGAUGAACAACCAUUGACUAAAAGACAAAAAUUGAACAUUCCAGAAGGAAUGUCCAAAAAUCAAUGGAAAAAACUUCAAAAGGAAAAAAGAUGGGAAGAAACAAAGGAACAAUAUAGAGAACUUAAACGAGAAAAAAGGAAAGCAGCCAAAUUACGUAAAAGAGAGGCUAUCAAGAAUUCUCUGCCUGAAGACACAAAUUAUCAUCAACUUAAAAAAAAGCAAAUUCCACUGAAACAAAUCAAGACCAAUGUAAACGUGAUCAUGGAUUGUGAAUUUGAUGAACUCAUGACUAAUAAGGAAAUCGUUUCUAUGUCUAACCAGAUUGCGCGUUCAUACUCUGCUAAAAGACACUGUGAUUAUGAAGUUGGGUUAACCAUUCUGUCAUUCAACAAAAAUUUAAAGAAUCGUUUUGAUAAUUCUGUAGAUCAAUACUUUAAUUGGACAAAUAUUGAGUUCAAGGAAAAUGAUCAUUUGGAAGAUCUUUUACCCAAGGAUCCAGAGGAGAGAUCCAAAUAUGUCUAUCUUACUGCCGAUACUGACACCAUUCUCGAAUCACUUGAUGAGGGACAUACAUAUAUCAUUGGUGGUAUUGUUGAUAAGAAUAGACAUAAGAAAUUAUGUCUUGAAAAGGCUGAACGAUUAGGAUUGAAAGUUGGAAAGUUGCCAAUAGAUAAGUAUAUUGAAUUGAAUGGUAGACAAGUAUUGGCAACCUCUCAUGUUUUUGAAUUGUGUUGUAAAUGGUUUGAAGAGGGUAAAGAUUGGAAAAAGGCCUUUGAUGAAGUGCUCCCACCUAGAAAGAUGAAGAAGGAUGAAGAAAAGAAAUCUCAAGAUGAAGAUGAUGAAAGUGAAGAAGAGGAAGUAACAAAGUCUGAAGUAGAGUCUGAGGAAGUACCAAAGUCUGAAGAAGUAUCAAAGUCUGAAGAAGUAUCAAAGUCUGAAGUAGUAUCAAAGUCUGAGGAAUCUGAAAAAUCUGAAGAUGUUACAAAGUCUGAGGACUGA